CCUGGAGCGGGUGUCAGAGGUAGGGAAGGAGGUGGGAUGGUGGCACGGGGUGGCCCGAGGGUGCUGGAUGUGGGUGUGAAAAGCCGAGGGAGACACCAGGUCUCUUGUCUGCCGUGCCUGGUGCAGUGCUUUAUGCACCGCAGGCCUCAGUCACUGUUGCUGCCUGAAUGUGUUCUUUGGGAGAAGGGAAGGGCAGGGGUUGGAGAAAAGGGAAUCCUUGCAGGAAACGUAGUGGUAGCGUGCACUAGGAGAGAGGCCGGAGGGGAAGAUGCCAGGUAGGUGGAGGAAUGCAGGGGGCGGCUGUGGAGGAGUCUUGAGGAUUCCGGGGGGUGUUCAUUGUGUAGAUACAUUAGGUAUUUCGUUGUGGAAAGAACUCAAGCGUUUCUAAGGAAAGGAAAGACGGGAUAUGAGGAGUUUCCCUGAAUAGAAAGGGUAGGUUUGAAGCAAGAGGGAGUGUUUAAUACCAGAGAAUAUGAAGAGAAUGCAUGAUAGAAUAGACAGAUGUAGCAGAAUUAGUCAAUGUUGGUCCAAAGACUAAAGAGUUAUUCCAGAUGGGCCAGGAUGGCCUAGUUCCGAACCUGUUUGGGCUCUUCUGUAAGAUGACAUCUGGCUAGAGGGAGGAACCAACAGCUUGGAAAUUCGACCAAGUGAUCUGGCGGGAUGGGCAUUUUCCUGACCUAUUUUGUAGAGGAAUUGGAUGGCAUAAGCAAUUGAGGUGGUACUGAGGGUUUCUGAAGUCUAUGAAAGGUAGAAACUCAACCAUGAUUUCUUUUUCAACUCUACAGCAUUCCCUUCCUUGAAGUCUUCAUUUUUACAUUAGUCUCAGGCAGUUAUACUUAAGCAUGAACAUUGACGACAAACUGGAAGGAUUAUUUCUUAAAUGUGGCGGCAUAGACGAAAUGCAGUCUUCCAGGGCAAUGGUUGUAAUGGGUGGAGUGUCUGGCCAGUCUACCGUGUCUGGGGAACUGCAGGAAUCGGUGCUUCAAGAUCGGAGUAUGCCUCACCAGGAAAUCCUUGCUGCAGAUGAAGUGUUACAAGAAAGUGAAAUGAGACAACAGGAUAUGAUAUCACAUGAUGAACUCAUGGUCCAUGAGGAGACAGUGAAAAAUGAUGAAGAGCAGAUGGAAACACAUGAAAGACUUCCUCAAGGACUACAGUAUGCACUUAAUGUCCCUAUAAGUGUAAAGCAGGAAAUUACUUUCACUGAUGUAUCUGAGCAACUGAUGAGAGACAAAAAACAAAUCAGAGAGCCAGUAGACUUACAGAAAAAGAAGAAACGGAAACAGCGCUCUCCUGCAAAAAUCCUUACAAUAAAUGAGGAUGGAUCACUUGGUUUGAAAACCCCUAAAUCUCACGUUUGUGAGCACUGCAAUGCUGCCUUUAGAACGAACUAUCACUUACAGAGACAUGUCUUCAUUCAUACAGGUGAAAAACCAUUUCAAUGUAGUCAAUGUGACAUGCGUUUCAUACAGAAGUACCUGCUACAGAGACAUGAGAAGAUUCAUACUGGUGAAAAACCAUUUCGCUGUGAUGAAUGUGGUAUGAGAUUCAUUCAAAAAUACCAUAUGGAAAGGCAUAAGAGAACUCAUAGUGGAGAAAAACCUUACCAGUGUGAAUACUGUUUACAGUAUUUUUCCAGAACAGAUCGUGUUUUGAAACAUAAACGUAUGUGCCAUGAAAAUCAUGAUAAAAAACUAAACAGAUGUGCCAUCAAAGGUGGCCUUCUGACAUCCGAGGAAGAUUCUGGCUUUUCUACAUCACCAAAAGAUAACUCACUGCCAAAAAAGAAAAGGCAGAAAACUGAGAAAAAAUCAUCCGGGAUGGACAAAGAGAGUUCUUUGGACAAAUCUGACCUAAAGAAGGACAAAAAUGAUUACUUGCCUCUUUACUCGUCAAGUACGAAAGUGAAAGAUGAGUAUAUGGUGGCAGAGUAUGCUGUGGAAAUGCCCCAUUCCUCAGUUGGGGGAUCACAUUUAGAAGAUGCAUCAGGAGAAAUACAUCCACCUAAGUUGGUCCUCAAGAAAAUUAAUAGUAAGAGAAGUCUGAAACAGCCAUUGGAGCAGAAUCAAACGAUUUCACCUUUAUCCACAUAUGAAGAGAGCAAAGUUUCAAAAUAUGCUUUUGAACUUGUGGACAAACAAGCUUUACUGGACUCAGAAGGCAAUGCUGAUAUUGACCAGGUUGACAAUUUGCAAGAGGGGCCCAGUAAACCUGUGCACAGUAGCACUAACUAUGAUGAUGCCAUGCAGUUUUUGAAGAAGAAGCGGUAUCUUCAGGCAGCGAGUAACAAUAGUAGGGAGUAUGCGCUGAAUGUGGGCACUAUAGCUUCUCAGCCGUCUGUAACACAAGCAGCUGUGGCAAGUGUCAUUGAUGAGAGUACCACAGCAUCCAUAUUAGAUUCACAGGCACUGAAUGUGGAGAUAAAGAGUAAUCAUGACAAAAAUGUUAUUCCAGAUGAGGUACUACAGACUCUGUUGGAUCAUUAUUCCCAUAAGGCUAAUGGACAGCAUGAGAUAUCAUUCAGUGUUGCGGACACUGAGGUGACUUCUAGCAUAUCAAUAAAUUCUUCAGAAGUACCUGAGGUUACCCAGUCGGAGAAUGUUGGAUCAAGCUCCCAAGCAUCCUCAUCAGAUAAAGCCAACAUGUUGCAGGAAUACUCAAAGUUUCUGCAGCAGGCUUUGGACAGAACUAGCCAAAAUGAUGCCUAUUUGAAUAGCCCGAGCCUUAACUUUGUGACUGAUAACCAGACCCUUCCAAAUCAGCCAGCAUUCUCUUCCAUAGACAAGCAAGUCUAUGCAGCCAUGCCCAUCAAUAGCUUUCGAUCAGGAAUGAAUUCUCCACUAAGAACAACUCCGGAUAAAUCCCACUUUGGACUCAUAGUUGGUGAUUCACAGCACUCAUUUCCCUUUUCAGGUGAUGAGACAAACCAUGCUUCUGCCACAUCAACACAGGACUUUUUGGAUCAAGUGACUUCUCAGAAGAAAGCUGAGGCUCAGCCUGUCCACCAAGCUUACCAAAUGAGCUCUUUUGAACAGCCCUUCCGUGCUCCAUAUCAUGGAUCCAGAGCUGGAAUAGCUACUCAGUUUAGCACUGCCAAUGGACAGGUGAACCUUCGGGGACCAGGGACAAGUGCUGAGUUUCCAGAAUUUCCCUUGGUGAAUGUAAAUGAUAAUAGAGCUGGGAUGACAUCCUCACCUGAUGCUACAACUGGCCAGACUUUUGGCUAAAAAAAAAUGUGUAAAUAAUACUGGCACUUUAGAACAGAUUAAUCAAGAGUGGGGUUACUCUGUGUAAAAUGGAGUGCUGUACAGAUUUAAGAGCAAUGCGUUAAAACAAGUUAAGCUGAUAUGAAUAGCAAGAUAAUCCAAUAACUGCGUUUUGUUUGGUUAGUCAGCAUUCUUUGAACUGCCUUACAUGUUGUCACCUUUACAGAAGCAAUGCAUUACUUGUUUUAGAUCAGAAACUUGCUAUUCCACCUACACCAAGUUUAAAAGGAAAAAAAAAAAAGAGACUUUCGCACAAUUGUUUCCUAACUGAUAUCAUUGUACAUUCUUAGGAGAUUAGUAAUUGUGUGAAAUUUACUCAUACUGUUUCUAAGUUUUUCAGCAUAGUCAUGGCACUUCAGCAGGGAAUCUGAGUAUACUUUACAGACAGAGUGAACUUAAAAGUUUAAAUGUCAAGAGAUUAUGGCUUAAAUAAAUUAGUGUGUCCUAUGAGGGGAAAAAAGAAACCACCUUUUAAAGAAUGAUAUGCCAUAUACCCUUGAUUUUCAUUUUGCAUUAUAUCGACUUUUUCUUUUUGAGAAAAGUAAUAAAAAUCUGAUAGUCUAAGACUCCACUAUUUAAAAGCCUAAUUACUUUAAAAAAAUAUGCAUACUUUCAAAACUUUUACCAAAAUACAUAACUGUUGAAUCAUUCACUUCUAUAUGGAAGUAUGCAUAUUGGUGUCAGUUUCUUUGUACAGUUGUACUUAGAUAUUUUUUAUGAUUUUUUCAUGUGCAAGUAUCAAGGUUUUGAAGUUUUAGUAAGAAGAUACUCUGUAGAUUACAUUCCCAAGAACAUAAUGCUUAUACAAAAUGUAUAUUCCACGUUUUAAAGCUUAAUUGUAUUUUACUUUACAUAUACACUUCAGUUAACAUAGAGCACUUAGAAUCUAUUUGGUAUUUUUGAUUUCUCAAAGUAAAAAAAAUUUUAGAUUUUUAGGUUUGAUAUGGUUGUGUCAUAAUCAUCUCAUAAUUGAAAAUUUUAAUUUUUGGCAAUAAAAGGAAAUUGGGUAUCUUUGGAACUGUAAAAUCUGGUUUAAUCCUUCUCUUUCUAGAAUCUUGAUAGAUUGGAUAAUUAAACAGUAUCCAGAGAAACUAAAGAAAUGGGCAUUUUAAUUGCUUAUUUUAUCUUGAGUUACUUUUUAAUGAACACGGCUCAUUACAAUUUUACAAACCAAAAGUGUUUACUAAUUCUAGUAACUACAGUUUCUUUUUCAGCUAGAUGAGUGAUCGGAAACCUUUUGUUGCAUUUCAAAAUCUAAAUAAACUACAGACUUUAUCCUUAUACCACGAAUGUUUUUUUUAAUAUUUUGUCUUAAUACAGCAUGGUACAAUAAAUAAUGCUUUUAUAUAUAUACAUAUUAUAUAUAUAUAUAUACUUUUCUAAAGAAUGAUGGUUUGAGUUACACAUUGGACAGUUUUAAUUUUUGGAAAAUAACAGUUAUAUUGAUUUUAUUAUCCUCUUUAAUUUGUUCCAACUUUUUUGUUUUUUAUUUUAAAUUUCCACCAUAUUUGUCACAAUGCACACAUCAGUAAUCUAAAAUUAAUAACCCCUUGAAGAUGCAGCUUUCUUGUUAAUUUCCAUUUUAGCUUUUAUAUUGGCCUUAUAGACCUUCAGUCUUUGUUUCAGUAUAGAAUGUUCUACAUUUUAAAUUAUUUUUUAUUUUAUUUAAUGUUAUCCCAAGACUGUUCUCAUAAAGAAAGGGAACAAAGAAAUAUCUAACCUUAACAUCUUUUACAUUUAUUUUGAAUAUAUGGUGUUUUAUGAUAAGAAAUAUAAAUUAUGUUUAAUGUGGUUUCCUCUAUACCUUGGUUAUUAAACUUUGCUUGAAACUUUCCCAUUUGACAGCUUUCUUUGCUGCCAAAUUUUUCAAGAAUUCUAGACUUCUUUGAAGUAUAUAUUUAAGUUUUGCCAUUAUUGACUCUUUAAGCAUGGUGUGUCUUGAGUUGCACAUCACAACCUCAAGAAGUCAUCAUUCAGGCAGAUGUUAACAAUGAAACUGUGCUCUCUGUAGGAAUAGACAUUUGUGUUUUUCUCAUACUGCUUAUUGGGUGAUAGCAGGCAUUGAUGUCCUGAGUUGUUUGUUUUUGUUUUGAGCCUGAUCAGAAUUUCUGUUCUGUUGAGAACUUGGUACAGAAUAAAGUGGGGUUUUGGUUUGUGUUAACAUCACCAGCACAGUUUCUAGAAUGUGGCUCUACUGCUGAGCAGUAAGCCUUUGAAAGUGGCAGUUAAUGCAAGUAGAGAGAAGUUCAGGCGUUGCAUUCCUGGGUUGGCCUCAUUUCUGUACAUCUACAUAAUGGCAGACUUUUCUACCACAUUAGAAGCAUAUUUUGAGGUAAAUGAUACUUUGGCAUAAUUUACUGACUUACCACUUAAAGUAUAGUCAUUACUCUCUUUACUGUGAAAUUUUACAUGCCUACCAGAGUUACCGUGUAUUAAUAUUAUCAUCAUAUGAUAAACAUCUCAACAGUUGGGUUUCCCCAUUUUGCUUCAGAAAGUUACUUAAUUUCUAUCUGGGCAUUAACAGAGAAAGCAAGUAGCCUUUUGUGCUGCUUUAAAUCAGAAUAUUGAGGAUAUCCUUUUGCAAUUUGGGUUUUGUUUUGUUUUUUAAUUUCUCUUGGUGAGCAAAUUGUUCUAUGAAAACAUACUCUUACAUCCUUAAACUUGGUGAAAUGUGAGCCAAGGUGUGCUUUCUUAGAACCUGUUCUCACAUUUGAAGAUUGGAAACAGAUAACAUUAGAUGAAGUAAUAUCUCUUGAACAUCUUCUAAAAGCGCGUUUGUUUUUUAACUUACUGUACACAUAUUUCAUUUAGUUCAGAAUAUUUGAAGUGGCUCUUAAAUUUUUUGGAUCUACUUGCAGAUUUUCUAGUUGAUACCACAGAAAUCCAUCCUCUUAGCUCUGGCUGAGUGAGGACUGCCAGUGGUCGGGUAAUUUUCUCGUUCUGAGAGGCAAAAGAGGCCUUGUGCUCAGGGUAGGCUUUCAUUUCCACAGGCCAGAGAAGCUUGCAAAGUGCCAGCUAGGUUAGAUCUUUUGCCACUUCUUUCAUUUUAUUAAUUUGGGUUUUUAAAGGGCUGUUUAAAAAAAAAAGCCGGGAAACUUAAAAGUAGGCAUUACUGUAAAACUAUUUCUUAGACUUAGAACAUUUUAAACUAGGACUCAUUUUUUCACAGUAUAUUUACUUGAAGCACUAUUAUAAUCGAUGAGAAACUUUUUGACUCUGCAAUUUAAUUUAAACCUUUUCCGUUUCAAAUUGCUUUAUUUCAGGGAAAUAAUUUUCCAGUUGUUUUUGCUAUAUUCUGCAAAUAAAAAACGGAUGUUUCCUCUUUCACUUAAACUUUAGUAGGAAACAAACUACAGCAGACAAACAUUUCUUGUUGUGUUUGUUGCUUUCUUUAAUCCAAUGGAUAAAAAAGUAAAACCCUGUAAACAUUAUUUUAUUUUUUUAUGCAAUACCAUGCUGUAAAUAUGGUUCAUCAAAUAAGGAUGUACCUAUGAUUGAAUCUUUAAUUCUGCACAGUUAGAGUUUAUAUAUAAACGUGUCUUGACAAUCAAGGACUUUUAUGUGCGUCUUCCUUUAUGAUGUUUUAUUAAUGUUAUGCAUUCCAUUUGUUUUGAAGUGAGUACCAAUGUGCUAAUUUGUAUUGUCUGAAAGUAUGUAAUGUUUUUACAGCUUGUUUUUAAGAAUCUGUAAAUAUGUACAAACAAAUCACAGUACUGCUUUAUGUUAGAAGGCAUAUGAUGUUGUACUGUAUGUAAGCAAUAAUACAUAGCAGUGCUAACUUGACAAGUAGCAUCAGGAAAGUUCUAAAAACAUUUCAGAGUUAUUAUCUUUAUUUCAUUUAAUAAUGAUUAUCUUUAAUCAGUUUUUAUAAGCAAAUUCCAUUGUUCCUCCUAUUGGAACGUAACACUGUUUACACAGCAUAAUUGAAGUUGCAGGGGAGACAGGCUAAAUCUGACUUCAUCUGUACUCACUCACUAAGCAUUGAAUGGCCUUACCACUCUUCUGCAAGAUGGAGGAAGACUGCAAAACUUAGUGCCCAUCACACUGAAGGAAGGGGGUGUGGUUUUUUUUCCUGCUUCUGUACUGCUACCUAACUUUGUGGUUUGCUUUGGAUUUUAAUAUUUGUUUCUGUUUUAGAUUCAAGCCCAUAAGUUUUGAGGUGACUUCAGCUCCAUUGUGAAAUAGUUCUCUUCAUAUUUCAUAGCUACAUUUCAACAAUUCUGAACUUUCUACUUUGAUUUUUAGAUACUUAUUUUUCAACCUUGGUUUCUCAGCUGAUCAGAUGAAUUUGUUCAACUUCAAUACAAAGAAAGACAAACCUAUUGUAGUUUGAAUUGAGUAGAUAUUAUACUGUACAGAACAGCUAACUAUUUGAACACACACACAUCACUGCUUUAGAAAUAAACUCGCCAAUUUAUAAAUGUAUAUGACCUACAUUUUAUAGGAAAAUGUUUUUAAAUGCUAGUCAUUUAUAUAAUGUGCUUUGAAGGAUUUGCUAGUCCACUUCUGUCACUUUUUAGUACACUGGUAUCUUUUAUAUGUAAUGUAUGCUUUUUAUUAUUGUAGCAGAGCAUUUCAGUAGAAAGAAUUUUGCAACAAUAUGGGGGAAAUUUUUCAUUGUUGGAUUUGAAUUAUACUGGAUUUUAUCUGUGUAGUCUUACUUGUCUUUAUUUUAAUGCUGUCUGGAAGGGAACUUGGUAUCCAAAUAAAGCAGGUAACCUCAUUUUACUUCAA